GUCAUAUCUAGCCAGGAUUUCCCCGAGAGAGGAGUAGCGAAACCGGGCUGAGAAUCCGGGGUACGUCGGGGAGACAAAUCUGGAUUUACCGGCUGAAGAAUGCGCAUAUAGCCGCCGCGGUUAACGGGAUUCCUUGGCGAACUGCAUUACAUUUCAUGAUCCAGCGAUAAACUUAGGCUUUCAGCGCGAAUAAGCCGCCGUUUUUCUGAUGAGAAGCCGAUCUGUCGGACAGACAGUCCAACCGCGGCGUAUAGGGACGUGUAAACCCGAGGCGGCUAGCUAACUAGCCUGCUAGCUUCAUAUUUUCCUGGACACCCUUCCGACUCUAACGUCGGAAAAAGGUUGUCGACUGAAACGUACUAGUUAAUCAGCUAAUCAAGCUCUUACGAGUGGGGAAAAAGUCGGAUCGAAUACAUUGGUGUUGUAAGAUUUGCAGACACGGAGUGCGGAGGACCACCGGCCGAGCGGACCCCCCGAGCGACAAGAAGGGGCCCGUUUAGCGGGGACGAGGCCAGGGAGCGGGAGGGGAGGAGUAGUUAGCCAGCAAUCUCUCCAGAGAACAACGUCGUCCGGUUACAGCGCCGCAGAAACAGCGCCGGGCGAGCGGAACCGUGCCGAACCGUCCCUCCGACAAACUCAAUCGCUGGGAUUUGUCAACUGGAAGCCGGGGAGGAACCGGACAGAGACCUCAUGAAUGGAAAUCGGAACUACAGGAGCCGUUGGGGCGCAGUCCCUGUUCUCGGUGCCCAGACGCCCCGGCUAUGGCACCAUGGGGAAGCCCAUCAAGCUGCUGGCCAACUGCUUCCAGGUGGAGAUCCCCAAGAUGGACGUCUACCUCUAUGAGGUGGACAUCAAACCCGAAAAGUGCCCGCGUCGGGUCAACAGGGAGGUGGUGGACUCCAUGGUGCAGCAUUUCAAGGUGACCAUCUUUGGGGAUCGCAGGCCAGUUUACGAUGGAAAGAGGAGCCUCUACACAGCAAACCCACUGCCAGUGGCUCCUACGGGGGUGGACCUGGAUGUGACGCUGCCGGGGGAGGGGGGGAAGGACCGCCCCUUCAAGGUCAGCAUCAAGUUCGUGUCGCUGGUGAGCUGGCACCUGCUGCACGAGGUUCUGACGGGCCGCAGCAUGCCCGAGCCGCUGGAGCUGGACAAGCCCAUCAGCACCAACCCUGUGCACGCCGUGGACGUGGUGCUGCGCCACCUGCCCUCCAUGAAGUACACCCCAGUGGGACGGUCCUUUUUCUCUGCACCUGAAGGCUAUGACCACCCCUUGGGCGGGGGCAGGGAGGUGUGGUUCGGGUUCCACCAGUCGGUGCGUCCUGCCAUGUGGAAGAUGAUGCUGAACAUCGACGUUUCUGCCACGGCCUUCUACAAAGCACAGCCUGUGAUCCAGUUUAUGUGUGAGGUUCUGGACAUCCACAACAUCGACGAGCAGCCCCGCCCUCUGACCGACUCCCACCGGGUCAAGUUCACCAAAGAGAUUAAAGGUCUGAAGGUGGAGGUGACGCACUGUGGGACGAUGAGGAGGAAGUACCGCGUGUGCAACGUCACCCGACGCCCCGCCAGCCACCAAACGUUCCCCCUGCAGCUGGAGAAUGGGCAGACCGUGGAGCGCACUGUGGCCCAAUAUUUCAGAGAGAAGUACAGCCUGCAGCUGAAGUACCCACACCUGCCCUGCCUGCAGGUGGGCCAGGAGCAGAAGCACACCUACCUGCCCCUGGAGGUGUGUAACAUCGUAGCCGGGCAGCGCUGCAUCAAGAAACUGACAGAUAAUCAGACCUCCACUAUGAUUAAAGCCACGGCGCGCUCCGCACCCGACAGACAGGAGGAGAUCAGCCGGCUGGUGCGCAGCGCCAGCUACGAGGCUGACCCCUUCGUGCAGGAGUUCCAGUUCAAGGUUCGAGACGAGAUGGCGCAUGUGACGGGCCGGGUGCUGCCGGCUCCCAUGCUUCAGUAUGGCGGGAGGGUGAGCACAGAGCACUUUAUGAACCGCACAGUGGCCACACCCAGCCACGGGGUGUGGGACAUGCGAGGGAAGCAGUUCCACACCGGGGUGGAGAUAAAGAUGUGGGCCAUCGCCUGCUUCGCCACGCAGAGACAGUGCCGUGAGGAGAUUCUCAAAGGAUUCACAGACCAGCUGCGGAAGAUCUCUAAGGAUGCUGGGAUGCCCAUCCAGGGCCAGCCGUGCUUCUGUAAAUAUGCGCAGGGCGCCGACAGCGUGGAGCCCAUGUUCCGGCACCUGAAGAACACCUACUCUGGCCUGCAGCUCAUCAUCGUUAUCCUGCCCGGCAAGACGCCCGUCUACGCGGAGGUGAAGCGUGUGGGGGACACUCUGCUGGGAAUGGCCACUCAGUGCGUGCAGGUGAAGAACGUGGUGAAGACCUCCCCCCAGACCCUCUCCAACCUCUGCCUCAAGAUCAACGUCAAGCUGGGCGGCAUUAACAACAUCCUGGUGCCACACCAACGACCGUCGGUGUUCCAGCAGCCCGUCAUCUUCCUGGGGGCAGAUGUGACGCACCCCCCUGCUGGAGACGGGAAGAAGCCCUCCAUCGCAGCAGUGGUGGGCAGCAUGGACGCCCACCCCAGCCGCUACUGUGCCACAGUGAGAGUGCAGCGCCCCCGGCAGGAGGUCAUACAGGACCUGGCCUCCAUGGUGCGUGAGCUGCUGAUCCAGUUCUACAAGUCGACCCGCUACAAGCCCACGCGCAUCAUCUUCUACCGGGACGGGGUGUCGGAGGGCCAGUUCAGACAGGUGCUGUACUACGAGCUGCUGGCGAUCCGGGAGGCCUGUAUCAGCCUGGAGAAGGAGUACCAGCCGGGCAUCACCUACAUCGUGGUGCAGAAACGGCACCACACCCGCCUCUUCUGCGCCGACCGCAACGAGAGGGUCGGACGCAGUGGAAACAUUCCUGCUGGCACCACUGUGGACACGGAUAUCACCCACCCCUACGAGUUUGACUUUUACCUCUGCAGUCACGCUGGAAUACAGGGCACGAGCCGUCCCUCUCACUACCACGUCCUGUGGGACGACAACUGCUUCACCGCCGAUGAGUUCCAGCUCCUCACCUACCAGCUGUGCCACACCUACGUGCGCUGCACCCGCUCCGUCUCCAUCCCCGCCCCCGCCUACUACGCCCACCUGGUGGCGUUCCGAGCCCGCUACCACCUGGUGGACAAAGAGCACGACAGUGCCGAGGGCAGCCACGUUUCCGGGCAGAGCAACGGCCGGGACCCCCAGGCCCUGGCCAAGGCCGUGCAGAUUCACCACGACACCCUGCGGACCAUGUACUUCGCCUGAGACGCCCCCGCAGUACCCCCCACCCCCCCACCCCCCUCGCCCAAAACCACGCCACACUCAGCCCGCGCGUCCAGAAGGGUCAGUCUCCAUCAGGGGGCGCUAGUCAUCCGCACCUGCCACUGUGCUGAGGGAGGCCAGGGGACGCAAAGCUGCUUUCAAACUAAAACAAAGAAAGGAACAUGGCGCGAUUAUGCAAUACGAAACCAGCCAACCGCUUUCAGCAUCCACUCCCCUCCCUCCUUCCCGCCCUCUCUGUCUGGCUGCCAGUCAGAGAGAGGCUCGUCUGUUUUUUACGGGAGGUGUUUGUUUUUGAAUCCCUUCUUCUGUCAGAUCUCUCCUGUUCAUGCCUUUACCUCAGAGUUACUGGCAGCACUCUCCUCUUCUCUUUUGAUUUUGUUUCGUUCUGUUCCUUCUGAAAAAGAAAAGAGUGAGAAGACGGGAAAGAAAGAGGAACCAGGGAGUCGCGUGGGUUUGGGACGGUUUUUGGGCUGCCUGUUGGUGACGGUCACAGCACCCAGCCCUGGGAUUCAGCCCCACUCUGACCCGUUGGCGACCUCUCGAGGCCAGCCAA